AUGGCUACCAACUCGAUCAAGCUCCUGACUGGCAGCUCCCACCCUCAGCUGGCUGAGCUGGUCGCGAGCCGUCUGGGAAUUGAGCUGGCCAAGAUCAUGGUCCUGCAAUACUCCAACAACGAGUCGAGCAUCAGUAUCGGCGAGUCUGUCCGCGACGAGGAUGUCUUUGUCCUGCAGUCCACCGCUCCCGGCGACAUCAACGAUGGAGUCAUGGAGUUGCUCAUCAUGAUCAACGCUUGCAAGACAGCCUCUGCCCGUCGCAUCACCGCCGUCCUGCCCAACUUCCCCUACGCUCGUCAAGACAAGAAGGACAAAUCGCGUGCCCCCAUCACUGCUCGUUUGAUGGCUAACAUGCUUCAAACCGCCGGCUGCAACCAUGUCAUCACUAUGGAUCUCCACGCCUCGCAGAUCCAGGGCUUCUUCAAUGUCCCUGUCGACAACCUCUACGCUGAACCCAGCACCCUCCGCUGGAUCCGCGACAACCUCAAAGUCCAAGACUGCGUCAUUGUGUCCCCCGACGCCGGCGGCGCAAAGAGAGCUACCUCCAUCGCCGACGGUCUCGACCUCGGCUUUGCCCUCAUCCACAAAGAACGCGCUCGUCCCAACGAGGUCUCCCGUAUGGUCCUGGUCGGUGAUGUCCGCGGCAAGGUCGCCAUUAUCGUCGACGACAUGGCCGAUACUUGCGGUACCCUCUGCAAGGCUGCCGAGGUCGUCAUCGAGCACGGAGCCAGCAGCGCCAUCGCCAUCGUCACCCACGGCAUUCUGUCUGGCAAUGCUAUCGAACAGCUCAACAAGUCCAAGUUGACCAAGCUCGUCGUCACCAAUACUGUUCCCCAUGAGGAAAAGAAGGCUUUGUGCGACCGUAUCGAAACCAUUGAUAUCUCGCCUACUCUCGCAGAAGCCUGCCGCCGUACUCACAACGGCGAAUCCGUGUCGUUCCUCUUCAAGCACGCCCCUGUCGACUAG